AUGAGAACACUUUUAGCCGUGGCCGCCGCUGUCUCAGCAAAUAAAUUAGACAAGAAGGGGAGCUAUACCUCUGCCGUCGCGGCUGGGAUGCCGAUUAUAUCAUGUCCUGAAGGAUAUACACAAGAAGGAAAUCGAUGCGCCAAACAAUUAAUUCAGCCCCAGAUAGCAACUUGUCAGGAAGGAGUCCUCCAGCCCGACAACACCUGCUUGAUCAUCCAAGGCCCGUUGAAAAUUUGCCCUGCGGACUAUGUCGCUAUCGGGAAUGGCUGCUCGCGCACCAGGACGGCUGCCGCCACCUUAUCAUGCCCCAUGGGUUACGCUUUUGAACCGGGCCACAAAAAGGCAGGCGGCGUGUGCACAAAGACUGAAACGGUCGCACAGUGGGGAUGCCCUGGGGGGACGAUUCAGCAGGGAGAUAUCUGCGUUUCGGAACACCGGGUCGUGGCGAAUAUCCAGUGCCCAGAGGGUACGCUCGCUCAAGGAUUAAGCUGCAUUCACAGCGAAAUCUAUGACUGUACCACAGGCCCUGCGUAUGUACAUAAACACGAAACGCACGGACACAAACGCGUGCUGGCAGAAGACUACGAGGAAUUCGAUCUUGGCUUUGAAUUCGAUGAAAGUGCUGUUGAGCGAGAACUUAAGAAACUCAAAGGAGUGACAAACGUUUAUCCACAGGAACAGAUUUCCGUCGUGCAGCAGAAGUGCGAACGCAGGGUAUCCGUCAACCCGCUGGUGUCGUGUCCGAAAGGCACGCUGGUCGGGCGCGAGUGCGUGUAUGCUGAGCAGCAGUCCAUGGUACCGAUUUCGCCAGCAGUGAAUCUUCAGACUGCGGCACCCACAGCAACCUGUCCUGGAGGAUACUCACCUUGUGCCACUGGCAAGAAGAAGGUGUCCAGUGACUGCUGCGCAACAGAAGAGACUCCGGUUCAUUACCAAUGUCCUGGUGGCUUUUCCUUGCAGGGCGAUCUUUGCCAGGCUGUGCGACAGGCCGACUGGAUCUGUUCGACGCCUGGGUACACGAAGCACAAGCACCACAACCAGCAGUGCGUGCAGACACAAUAUGUGGAACCGACCAUUACUUACUCGACCCAGGUGACAUGUGUGGGUAAGGAAUGCACUGAAGCUAAGGUGAAGCAUUCUGGUCACGGCGGUCACAACGGAAACUUCCUGUACUGA